GGCUCAGCGCGGGGAGCAGAAGGUGGGAGAGCGCAGCUCGAGGACGCGCCCGCCACCCCCUCGUUUAGCUCCGCGCCGGCGCGAGCGCGCCGAGAAAGAUGAGCGAAGAUAGGUGACUUGCGUAACAUUGGACUCUAGUCUCUGUCCUCUAAAAGCCCAACCAAGUAGAACUGAGAGCAGUGGAAGAAAGGGAUUAAAUGUCUUUGUUGGGAGCUGGUGGAGGAAGACGAUUGCCAGAGGAGAGCCUGGACAACCAUCCUCCUCAGAACUGCCAGCUCUGCUACCCUAGAGCGCCAGUGCCACAGAGCUGGAGCCAGAGAUGCCAAUGCAGCCCCAGGCACUAUGGCUUCUGGAGUUACAGUGAAUGAUGAAGUCAUCAAAGUGUUUAAUGAUCGGGAAAUAAGGAAAUCUUCUCCACAAAAGAAGAUAAAAAGGAAAGAAAGAAAGGAGGGAGGGAAGAAAGAAAGUCUCUUCUGUUUAAGUGAUGAGAAAGGACAAAUAACUGUAGAGGAAGCAAAGCAGAUCUUGGCAAAUGACACUGGUGAUACCAUAGAGGAUCCCUACACAUCUUUUGUGAAGUUGCUACCUCUGAAUGAUUGCCAGUUUGCUCUGUAGGAUGCCACAUACAAAACAAUGUCUAAGAAAGAAGACCUAGUAUUGAUAUUUAUAUUCUGGGCUUCUAAGAGUGCACCUUUAAAAAGCAAGAUGAUUUAUGCUAGCUCCAAAGAUGCCGUUAAAAAGAAAUUUAUAUAUAUUAAACACAAGUGGCGUGUAAAUGGCAUGGAUGAGAUUAAGGAGCAUUCGUCACUUGAAGAGAAAUCGGGAGACGAUGUAGUAGUCUCACUUGAUGGAAAACCCUUGCUUCUAAAAUGACAGUCAAAUGCCAUCUGGGUGUUAAGGAGCUUCCACUUCUGCAGCUCAGUCAAUUGGAAUAGUGUUGGAUUUUGUUUUGGUUUUUCCCCUUCCCCA